UUAAAUUAAUACAAGAAUAUGAAGAUGAAGAAAAUAAAGAAUUUACAUUCAAUGCUUUUGAUGCUAGUAAUACUGAAGAAUCAGAAGAAUUAGAAAAUACUUUUAUUAUCAUUGAUAAAAGUAGCAAUGAUAUUUUUAAAAAUACUAAUAAGAAAAAUUAUUUAGAUAGCGAAGAUGUGAUAAAUGAGAAAACUUAUAAUUUUGAAGUAGGUAGAUAG